CUCCUCUCUGGGUUCCUCGGGAAGUUUCUGUGAGGAGUGAGAGGAGGAAGCUGAAGCCCAUGUUAGGAAAUGUUCUCCCAGGGGCGCUGCUGCCUGUAGCCUGAGGAAUUACAGUCGAGCCGGAGAGCUUAAAGCGCCGCGCGCACUUUGGAUUUACUGAUCGCUGUAUAGAAAACUCCUCCGCUGAUAAUGGCUCAGGCGAAAAUCCAGGCGAAGAUGAACGAAGCGAUGUGCAGCAAGUUCAGCAGGACGCUGUCCAUGGCAGACCGCUCCGGAAGACUGCUGGAGACUUUGGAUCAGCUGGAAGUCAGGGUGGAGGCUCUUAGAGAAACAGCAUCUGCUCUGGAGCAGGAAAGAGAAGGCAUCCUGGAAAUGAUUCAAUCCAUCCAGAACAGUCAAGAAAUGCGUAACAUCUGUGCGGGAGAAAGGGAAGAGUUGACCCUAACUGCCGACCGUCUGAUGGGCCGGGCUCUCACGGUGGAGAUCUCCGUUGGCACCAUUAGAAACCCCCAGCAGGAGGAGGCCCUGCGGAAAGCCACAUCCAUGAUAGACGAAAUCGUGAAAAAGCUGCUGGUCGACAUGGAAGGCGGCCGGCAGCAGCUGAUGGCGCUGCACGCCGCCUGCGUGACCGAGGCGCCGCCUGUCCCCAUCGAUCAGAAGUUCCAGGUCGUAGUGAUCAGCUGCGCUCUGGAGGACCAGAAGAAGAUCAAGCAGAGGCUGGAGACGCUGGUGAGGAAUGUGGAAAACGCUGAAAAGAACAUCAAAAUCAUGGAUCAUCAAAAACUGGAGAGUGCAAACACCAACGGGAGUAGUUAAUGCUCGCCACCAGAGCAUGACGGGUGUCUUGAAUUCCUCUUUACCUCACAAAGGAGAGCUGUCAGCCUGCACAAGCAUGACUCUUAGGGAUCCAUGUAUUGUAACCAACCCUGAAAAGUACACUGGUACCCAUUUUUAAUGUAAAAAUACCCAUUUUUAUUACACUGACACAGCUAAAGGGCACAGAUGUUCACCCGAAUGCUUAAGGAAGAAAAUAUACGGAUUGAAGUUCAGCCUUUUGAAGAAAAAUAUAUAUAUAUAAAGUAGGGCACAUUUGCAUCAUUUCAGUCCUCUGACUGCUAAAGAGAUUGUCAGUGCAAGAUUGAUCAAAACAACCAGAAUUUUAUCAAUACUGGGAUUUUUUAACAUUGAAAAUGUCAAUUAAAGUAGAAGAAUCACUAACAGCUGAAACGUGAUUUAUCUCAGUUGGAAAAAAGCUUUCUGUUUGUCUCAGUUUGAAGGAUUUUGGACACACGAACUCUGUACAACUGUUUUUGUUAUAUUUUUAUGAUACACAAAGAACAAAAAUCAAUAAAAACUGUGAGAAUCCUCUGAA